UGCAUAUUGCAUACUGUUGACUUCAUGGCUUCGCAUCCUGCUGCACCUCAGUGGAGAUUGCAUGCAGGUCGUCCUCAGGCGCUGAGCGGUCGGCUAAAUUCUUCGCGAGCAUAGAUCUGCACAACACGCGUUGUCCUGGGCAUCGUUGAUCUCUUACCGCAUCGAGCGGACCUUCAAUGCUCGAUUCCUUGCCGUGGUUGGCAGGUCUAGCGGUUGAUCUUCGCCUCGUACCAGCCACGAGCUAAGCAUGCAACUGUUAUUGAGCCAUGCUGCAUCAUGACGGUAUGUGGGAAUUGGAUCAUCGCCGAGGUUUCGCUUGGAGUUCGAUUUAUUUGUAGGCCAGCUACCCUGCUCUUAAUGUUCUGGCUAUCCCGUGGUGACUGUUAGCGAUCACGCGGUGGGCAUUUCACCAUGAGUAUCUCCAGACGGUCUUCAUACCCGCUGAAUGCGCCGCCAUCCCCUGCGCGGCCGGGUCAGCAGAUAUCUUCACCGAAAGGUACUGAUAAGCCGCCUCGUGUGCCGCGCAACAUUCGAGCAUUGAAGGAUGGCAAGGCACCACCGCUCGUGGGCCGGACCAUCAUCGUGCUCUUGGACGGCACUGGCGACAAGCUUGAUUCCGACAACAGCAAUAUCAUCCAUUUGAUGCAAUGCUUGAAGAAAGCGAGCCCGGACCAGGUUGUUUACUACCAAUCCGGUAUUGGCACGUACAAUGGAAAGGGUCUCUCGAAAGGUUUCAGCGCUGGACUCGACAUGGCUGUCGGUAGCGGUCUGGGUGUCCACAUUCGAGAUGCAUACAGGUUCCUCAUGCAGACCUUCAAAGAGAACGACCGGAUCUGCCUCUUUGGCUUCUCGCGUGGCGCAUACACUGCGAGAUGUUUGGCAGGCAUGAUACACAAGGUCGGACUACUUCCCGCGCACAAUGUGUCCCAAGUGGAAUUCGCGUACAGUUUCUACAAGAACGACACUCCCGAGGGAUGGAACAUGAGCCUUGAGUUCAAGCGCACCUUUUGCAUGGACGUCUCUGUGCACUUCGUUGGUGUGUUCGACAGUGUGGCUAGUGUCGGAUUUUUUCCACGAAAGCUUCCUCUGAGCAGUACGCCCCACAACAAAGCCAGAUACUUCCGACAUGCGCUUGCUCUGGACGAGCGUCGAGCAAAGUUCAAGGCUUGCCGAUUUCAGCGGAAGACGACGACUGACGCAAAGGCUCAUUGGGAGACCGUCGCUGAAGUGCACGAGGAUGCCGGUGGACUCGUUCGAAGGCAAAGCACUCUUUCGAGCCGCAGUGGCUUCCACAGUCCCACAAACGGCAGCUUGUCGCGCCGUGUGUCCGUAUCUGACCAGAUCGGUACCACCGACAGCACUCCCUUUCCUCUUCGUGGUCGGCAGCCGACGGACGAGUUCCCCAACGAGACUGAUGUGCUCGAAGUCUGGUUCGUCGGCCAGCAUGCGGACGUCGGAGGCGGAGCCGCCAAGAACGAAGUCCGCCACAAGCUCUCACAGACCCCCCUCCGAUGGAUGAUCCGACAGUGCUUCGAAUGCAACACCGGUAUCAUUUUCAAAACCCACAACCUCGCCUCCGAAGGUCUCGACGUUCACACUCUUUGGCCAGUCUACACCCCUCUCACCCGCCCCAAGGUUGGCCCGCCACCGAGCAUCAUGGAGAAGUACGACGCUGGCAGCAUCGCACCCAUAUCUCGCCGAGCAACCGUCCUCGCUCCCGUCAACGAGACCGACCCGCUGGGCCUGCACGACGUCAAGCUUUACGAAGACGCCUACCACAACGCGCUGCACGCUGACUGGGUACCCGAGCAGGUCGAAGACUACUUCGACUGCAUCUCGACCAUCCACGACCAGCUGAUCAUGGCUAAGACGUGGUGGAUUCUGGAAUUCUGGCCGAUCAAGGUGCGUGUCCAGCCUCCGGACUCGGAUACGUGGGUGAAAAAGGUGGCGAUGAAUUUGGGACGAUACCGACCUGUGCAAGACGAGGCACCGAAUAUGCACUGGACUGUGCAGCAGCGAAUGGAUACCCUGGGAUACAAGAUCAAUGCGAGAGUGGAUAAGCGGGCGAACUGGAAUAUAGUGGUAUAACGAAUGAGGGUUCGGGCAAUUAGGGGAUAAGAUUAGAAUGUUUGUUAGACAGCGGUGGAGUAACUCUUGCAUAGGCAGGACGUUAUUCCACUUGCACGACGCAGAUUAUACUUCAUUCAUGUGUUCACACUUUCAGCAUGGCAAUAUAUUGCUUGCAAUGCCUUACGCGGAA